CUGGUGGGUUCUGGGGGAGACUGUGCAGGGAGGCUGGAGGUUUUUCACAAUGGCUCAUGGGGGACAGUGUGUGAUGACUCCUGGGAUAUUAAAGAUGCUCAUGUGGUGUGCAGACAGCUGCAGUGUGGAGUGGCCCUCAGUAACCAGCCGGUACCAGCCUGGUUUGGUCCUGGUUCUGGACACAUAUGGCUGGAUGAGGUGGAGUGUGAGGGGAAUGAGACGUCCCUGUGGAGCUGCUCUUCUCCAGGCUGGGGAAAACAUGACUGUCAACACAAGGAGGAUGUAGGAGUCGUGUGCUCAGAGUUUAAAGAGAUCAGGUUAACUGAGGGCUGUGAAGGGAAUCUGGAGGUUUUCUACAAUGGAUCCUGGGGUAAUGUGUGCUGGAACCAGAUGGACAGAGACACAGCGAGUCUGAUCUGUCAAGAGCUGAACUGUGGAAGAUCUGGCAGUGUACCCAGUUAUUCAGAGGGACUGAAGUCUUAUAAUUGGCUUGAUAAUCUUAAAUGUCGACGACAUGACUCCACUUUAUGGCAGUGUCCAUCUUCACCCUGGGGAAAGAAUGACUGUGAUAAUGAAGUGGCCAAAAUCACCUGCUCAAAGGAGGAAAUUCCUGAGUCUCCUCGGAGUCAUCUGACGUGUUCUACUUCAUAUCCACACUGGAGACAAUGUUCAAGUCAUGUUCCUCUCAGACUGAGUGGAGGGGACGGCCGGUGCUCUGGGAGGAAUAACCACACUGACUGCUCCCGCAAGAAGCUUGUUAGACUCAACUGUGAAGGUCACAGCAAGAUCGUUUGA